UGGUACCUUCAGCGCGAGAGAAACAAACCUAAACGAUGAGCGGAACUGAUCCGUGAAACAAUCGACCCGAUAGAUGUCGAACACAACACAACAAAAGGACUUUAUUUAAAUACAUAAUGGAUAUUCCCUCUUAUUUACAACACUUUGAGAGCAGACUGGGCUCGUACACGGGACACGACCCUCUGGACCCGUGGGACAAGUUCGUGGAGUACCUGGAGCAGAGAUCACCAGCAGACGGAGGCAGCGGGAUGUCGCAGGUGUUCGACACUCUGGUUCAGAGGUUUCUGAAUGUCGAGCAAUACGCCAACGACAUCAGAUACGUGAACCACUGCAUCAGAUGUGCGAGUUAUUACUCGGACCCCGUCGCUCUGUACACUCACGUGUUCAGUAAAGGUGUCGGCACCACGACCGCUGCCUUCUACGUGGCCUGGGCUCAGCAGUGUGAACAGAGGGGGAUGAACGACCAGGCCGAGGCCGUGUACCAGAAGGCCACGGAGAACCGAGCCCAGCCAGCCGACACCGUCCUCGGUGAACACGGGCAGUUUCAGACGAGAACCAGAAGCCAGACACCAGUAUCCGCUGGGAGUCAAAACCCGUUGCAGAACUCCCUCUUAACCAAUCAGAUGUCCUCUCACAGAGAGCCGGCAGCUGCAAACAAGGACUCUGUGGACUGUCCCGCUAACCCACCGGCGUAUAGAACCGUCAUAACAGUCUCUCGCUCUGAGACUUCAGGGACGAUUCCCUCGAGCUCCGGUGUUCACACCGUGCCGGCGUACACGAAGGAGGUGCUCGUGUGUGAGGGAUCUGAGCUCUGCUUUGAGGAAGUCCGAGCAGCAAAAUACUUCCAGAAGCUGAAGGAGAAGCAGGCGAUGGACAGGCGAGAGAUGAUGGAGACGAUGAUUAUGAAGCAGGAAGAAGGCAUCCUGAGCAUUAAAAGUACUUUGGAGAAAGCGAACCUUGACCCAGAGGCGUGUGGAGGUUUAACCAGCGAGCUGUCACUGCAGAGGCUGUCUCUAGUAGAAACGGCCACCAGUGUGAACCCUGAUCCUACCCAGCAGCCCUCUGGGCGUCCUGAACCCUCAAACCGCCCGACCAACAGGCGCUCUCUGGGCUUGAGAUUACACGAUGAGUCGACCUUCGUCCAAGAGGCCUCUGCCGGAGCCGCUGGCGCUGUGAGCUCGGUGGCUUCCCAUCAUGCCCCUCACCUGGCUGACAGGAGCGUUCAUUUACAACCAUCUGCACCGACGUCGGCGUCCACGGACCAGGCAUCUUCUGUUCAGACCUGGAUGGUUGAGUCCCAGUCGGUCCAGCAGACCGCCGGUCUCGGUCGGGACGAUCUGGUUCACCCUCAGGAGCUCAACGAUGUACACCAGUGAGUAGCUUCUAAACUGGACAGCUGCAUGCUGGUGCUCUGAACCAACAGGAAGUCAGUUAUUGUAACUGGGUUUAUUAUUCUUACCAGGCGACAACCUCUGAUUCUGACAAGUGAAGCCAAAG